AUCAGAAUUUUAGAGGCAAGUAUCAGCACAGGUUUGUUACCAACAAUCUAUUAUAUCUUUAGGUCAUUGAACGGAAAUAGCUAUGAAGGUUUCGAGUAGCAAUUAUGGCUUGUUGAUGAUUCUGCUACUUGCCUGUGGUGCAGCACAAAUCUAUGCUGAUUAUCGGACCUGUAUCACCGGGCCAUGUGCUCGCAAGAAAAUGGCAUGUCCAGCUGAAUGCCCUAAAGCAAAUCCAACAGACCCCAAAGUGAGAAAAGUUUGCCGUUUGAACUGUAACUCGCCCGUAUGCCAGACCGAAUGCAAACGUAUCAAGCCGAAUUGCGAUGCACCUGGAGCAGCAUGCUUGGACCCCCGGUUCAUUGGUGGAGAUGGCAUUGUCUUUUACUUUCAUGGCAAAAGCAAUGAACAUUUCAGCUUAGUAUCUGAUCUCAACCUACAAAUCAAUGCCCGUUUUAUUGGCCUUCGGCCAGCAGGCAGAACCAGGGACUUUACUUGGAUUCAAGCCCUUGGCAUCCUCUUCGACUCGCACAGUUUCUCUCUUGAGGCCACCGAAGCAUCAACCUGGAAUGGUGAGGUUGACCAUCUAAAAUUCUCCCACAAUGGGGAAGAUCUAAUCAUACCGGAAGGCCAGUUAUCUACAUGGCAAUCCCCAGAUAGUGAUAUUAAAGUACAGAGAACAUCGAGCAAGAACAGUGUCCUAGUCACUCUCCCGGAGGUUGCAGAGAUCUCAAUCAAUGUUGUGCCAGUAACCAAAGAAGAUGACAGGAUUCAUAACUAUCAGAUACCUUCCGAUGACUGUUUUGCUCACUUAGAGGUUCAAUUCCAGUUCUUUGGUCUAUCGUCGAAAGUUGAAGGGGUAAUUGGGAGGACUUACCAGCCUGAUUUCAAGAACCCGGCGAAGCCAGGAGUUGCAAUGCCAGUUGUGGGAGGAGAGGAAAUGUUUAGGACAACAUCUCUUCUCUCUGCCGAUUGUGGCGCUUGUGUGUUCUCUCCAGCUGGGGUUUUGGACCAAAAGGACACUCUUCUGAUGGAUUUUGGCAAGCUUGAUUGCACCGGAGGUUCCAGCAGUGGACAUGGAAUAGUUUGCAGGAAGUGAGUGGGAAUAGUUGUCAUGUGCAAAAAUAACACCGGAAGUUUCAACUCCUUCCGGAAUAAUUGAAACUUAUUUGGUAAGAGUUUCAGGAGGAUUAUGGUCUGCUACAAAACAAUGAUUUCCAAUUUUAUAAUGAAAUUUGUUCCGUCAUUUUUGCUA